AUGGUGUCCCUACUGGUCCGGUACCAGGUGCUGCCCUACCUGUACACCCUGUUCUACAAAGCGCACGUGUUUGGAAAUACGGUAGCCAGGCCACUGUUCCACGAGUUCCCUACCGAUCCCGAGACUUACGCCAUCGAUCAGCAAUUCAUGUUGGGACCGGUAGCUUUGGUAUCGCCAUUCCUGUUCGAGAACCAAACCACAGUGAGCGCCUACAUCCCGGACGACGUCUGGUACGAACCGACCACUGAGUUCGUCAAACUCUACCCGCACACCGGCCACCAAAACCUGGCCGACGGACUAUUCCCUCCCAUAUACCUGAGGGGCGGUCACAUAAUCCCCAUGGGUUUCACCACACCGGCCAACUCGCAAGUGACCCGGGACAACCCGAUCACCAUGGAGGUGUACCCGAAAAAUAAGCAAGCUAAAGGCGAUAUGUUCUGGGACGAUGGCGAUUCGAUAAACGCCAUCGAGCAAGGUCGAUUUAACUUUUUCGAAAUGGAGUUGUUUCCAAAUUGUACCGUGACCAUUACCAAUAAGAUUAAGGGAUACAACACUGACAAGCAACAUGUACUGGCACGUGUGCUGGUGGCUAACACUCAGCCAGCUAAUAUUACCGCUACAUUAGAUGGUAAACCCGUUCAGCCGGCUAUUUUCAACGAGGAGCAUAAUGAAAUCACCGUGAACAUUGAUUUGAAUGCCGCUAAACUUGGACAGACCUGGGUGAUCGAGUGGCAGACCACUGAUGGCACUUGCAAUUUGAACUAG